AAGGGCUGCCUGGCACUGAGACCCCUUUAGUCCUUGCCUCAGGCCCUCCCUUGGUUCCUGCCCCCCUCCAGGCACUGACUCCGGGCCAGGGGAGGAAAGGCUGUCUCCACCCACCUCUUGCACUCUCCCUUCUCCUUUAUAAAGGCCGGAACAGCUGAAGGGUGGCAACUUCUCCUGCAGCCUGGAGCAGCCUGCCUGCCUCCCCCGCUGCUUCCCAGAGGGCUCCCCUCCGGCCGCCAGCGCCCAUCUUUCUUUCUCCAGAGAGAUAUUUUGCGCACACACACAUACACACACACGCAAAAGGGAAAGGAGGGGGGAGAAAAGCCCCCCCCCAGGCCUCGUUGCAACGAAUAAGCCGGAGCAGCCGCAGCUCGAAACCCGCAGAGGACGCCCAGAGCAGCGAGCGGAUGGGCAGAUCGACCGACUGACCAGCGCCGCGUCCACCUGUCGGCCCGGGCCGGCACAGCGCGCAGUGGGCGCGCCGCGCGCUCGGAGCAGCCGUGCCCGCCGCUCGGGCCCCAAGCUAGGGCGCACACGCUCCCGCCCCACCACUCGGCCCGAGCGGGAGUUUGCACCUCUCCCUGCCCGGGUGCUUGGGCCUCCGCUGAAAAGCCAACUUUGGAAAAAAGUUUUUUUGGGGAGACUUGAGCUAGGAGGUGCUCAGCCCUGCGUUUUCUGAUCUGGGGAACCUUUCCAAAAAAAAAAAAAAAAUGUUGCAAAAAAGCUAAACCAGCGGGCAGAGGAACACGCCUUUAACGGACGAGUGAAGACGAACCAUCGACUGCCGUGUUCCUUUUCCUCUCGGAGGUUGGAGUCCCCUGCGCGCCCCCACACGGCUAGACGCCUUGGCUGGUUCGCGACGCAGCCCCCCGGUCGUGGAUGCUCGCGUGGGCUCGGGAUCCGCCCAGGUAGCGGCCUCGGACCCUGGUCUCGUGUCCAGGUCCUCCCCAGCCACCCAGCGACGGAGCCGGGGCCGGGGGCGGCGGUGCCCGGGGGCCAUGCGGGUGAGCCGCGGCUGCGGCUGCAGCGGCCUGAGCGCCUGAUCGCGGCGGACCAGAGCAGAGCCCACCCUACUCCCCAGCCCCCCACCCUGGCCGCGGGGGCGGCGCGUUCCGUCUACGCGUCCGGGGCCCCGCGGGGCCGGGCCCGGAGUCGGCAUGAAUCGCUGCUGGGCGCUCUUCCUGCCUCUCUGCUGCUACCUGCGUCUGGUCAGCGCCGAGGGGGACCCCAUUCCAGAGGAACUCUAUGAAAUGCUCAGUGACCACUCCAUCCGCUCCUUUGAUGACCUUCAGCGCCUGCUGCAUGGAGACUCCGUAGAUGAAAAUGGGGCUGAGCUGGACCUGAACAUGACCCGAGCACACUCUGGAGGCAAGCCAGAAAACGCAUCUCGAGGGAGGCGGAGCCUAGGUUCCCUGGCAGCCGCAGAGCCAGCUGUAAUCGCCGAGUGCAAGACACGCACAGAGGUGUUCCAGAUCUCGCGGAACCUCAUCGAUCGCACCAAUGCCAACUUCCUGGUGUGGCCUCCGUGUGUGGAGGUGCAGCGCUGCUCUGGUUGCUGCAACAACCGCAAUGUGCAGUGCCGGGCCUCGCAGGUGCAGAUGCGGCCAGUGCAGGUGAGAAAGAUUGAGAUUGUGCGGAAGAAGCCGAUCUUCAAGAAGGCCACAGUAACCCUGGAGGACCACCUGGCUUGCAAGUGUGAGACAAUAGUGACUCCUCGGCCUGUGACUCGAAGUCCUGGGACAUCCCGGGAACAGAAAGCCAAGACGCCGAAAACUCGGGUGACCAUUCGGACAGUGCGAGUCCGCCGGCCCCUCAGAGGGAAGCAUCGAAAGUUUAAGCACACACAUGAAAAGGAGGCACUGAAGGAGACCCUUGGGGCCUAGGGGCAUCGGCAAGUGUGUGGGCAGGGUUAUUUAAUAUGGUAUUUGCUGUAUCGCCCCCAUGGGGUCCUUGGAGUGAUAAUUUUGUUCCCCUCGUCCGUCCGUCUCGAUGCCUGAUUCGGACAGCCAAUGGUGCUUCUCUCACCCUGCGUGCACGGCCACUUCCACAAGCAGCAGUCCGGUGGCCCGCCCUGUGGCCUGCCCUGCAGCUCCAGAAACAAAGGACUCUACUCCACCACUGCUUCUCUUGACCCCAAGAACCUGGGGCAAGUGUGCAGGAGCCUCAUGGGGGACUGUGGACUGGCCCCAGGAACCUGGGACAUGGCCUGAGGACCUCUGCAUGCCCUGCCUGGUUCCUGGACCCCUGGCCAGCCAGCAGGGAACAUAUUCAGGCAGGCUAGGGUCCCUUGUCCCAUGGCCAGGACCACAUGGGGAGCACAGACUAGAGGACCCCUCGUGGCACCCAUAUCUGCUACUCAUCUUUCACUGUCCCCUCAGCCCAUAGUGGCUUUUCAUUUUAUGAGUAUGAAAUCAUGGAAGAUAUGAACUCCUCUGGGCAGGUGGCCACACACCUUCUCUGAUGGAUUGGAGGUGCAGUGUGUUUGUGACCUGGGCCACGUCCCCUGCCUUUCCCCACCUCCCCUGCAUUCACUUCUGUCUCAUUUCUCUACCUCCACUCUGCAUCUUCUUCCUCAUAAACCCUUCAGUCUGUCCCACCAUGGGUGCCACCCUGAUCAAGGCUCUGAAUGGCCCUGUCAUUCUUCCUUAGGACAGGAGACCUGUCUGCUAUAUUCCACCCAGCCAAGACUGCCCAGUAAUGUUGUGUGGGAUGUGCAUUGCACAUGGCACCGCAUGUGGAGAACUCUGUUCACACCCGAAUAUGGCCAAUUUGUCUUAUUUAUUACGACUUUCUGGCAGAUGUAGGUCAAUCCUCUGAGGAAAGGAAGCCUUGUUUUAAUUCAUGCCGAGGCCUGUGUGGACUGGUGUGUGUGCCCUGACCCACCCUGAAGCUAGCAAGGAGUCUAGUGCUGGGGUAGCACUGCAGGUUAUUGCCUAUUGCCUCCACGUCGCUUGCCUCCGCUCCAGCUGUUCCCUCCUGUCAGGUGUGGGGCAGUCUCUCCUGCUUGCACAUUGCCCCUCAGAUCUUCUGUGGCUUUACCUGAUGGCUUCCUCCAGGAAGCUAGCUAGUAGACUGGAAGUGGGAGAGAGAGGGAGAGCUCUAGAACCCUCAGGAGGACUGGAGUUGAUGCACCCCACCCCACACACUUUUCCCUCCCCCUCCCAGGUCCACAUCCUUCAGUUUGUAAAGUUGGUGAUUAUAUUUUUGGGGGCUUUCUUUUUAUUUUUUAAAUGUAAAGUUUAUUUAUAUUCUGUAUUUAAAGUUGUAAAAAAAAAAAAACCACAAAACAAAACCAA